AUGGCCGUGCAAGGAACCACAAGCAGUACUUUCGAGCCAGGUCUUCCGAACUGUGGAACCGUUUUAUGCUUCAAGUUGGGCGAGAAGAAGGCGGCUGAACACAAGCCUAAGGCCGUGAAAAAGCCCAAGGCACCGAAGGUUAAGAAGGCUGCAACCCCAAAGAAGCCGAAAGUGGCCAAGAAACCCGCUAAGCCUAAGGCCAAGACCCCGUCAAAGCCUAAAGCUGUGAAGGCCAAGAAGGCGACGCCCAAAAAGCCAAAGACUCCCAAGAAGCCUGCGGCUAAGAAGGCGGCUCCCAAGAAGAAGUAA